AUGGCUGAGCGGGUGGUAGGAACUGGUUCAUUUGGGAUUGUCUUCCAGGCUAAGUGCUUGGAGACUGGAGAGACUGUGGCCAUCAAGAAGGUGCUGCAGGAUCGCCGUUACAAGAACCGUGAGCUGCAGCUUAUGCGCUCCAUGGACCACCCCAAUGUCGUCUCUCUGAAGCACUGCUUCUUCUCGACCACAAGCAGGGAUGAGCUGUUCCUGAACCUUGUCAUGGAGUAUGUCCCUGAGACUCUAUACCGUGUGCUCAAGCACUACAGCAAUGCCAACCAGCGGAUGCCGCUUAUCUAUGUCAAGCUUUACAUGUAUCAGCUUUUUAGAGGGCUAGCUUAUGUUCAUACUGUUCCAGGAGUUUGCCACAGGGAUGUGAAACCACAAAAUGUUUUGGUUGAUCCUCUAACCCAUCAAGUCAAGAUAUGUGACUUUGGAAGUGCAAAAGUUCUGGUACCUGGUGAACCCAAUAUAGCAUACAUAUGCUCUCGCUACUAUCGUGCUCCUGAGCUCAUAUUUGGCGCAACUGAAUAUACAACUUCAAUAGACAUAUGGUCAGCUGGAUGUGUUCUUGCAGAGCUACUUCUUGGUCAGCCUCUGUUUCCAGGAGAGACUGCGGUUGAUCAGCUAGUGGAGAUUAUCAAGGUUCUUGGUACUCCAACCCGUGAGGAAAUUCGGUGCAUGAACCCCAACUAUACUGAGUUCAGGUUUCCUCAGAUUAAGGCUCAUCUUUCCCUAGAUUUUCCACAAGAGAAUGCCCGCUGA